AAGUGGGAGUGGGAGGCGAGAGGAAAGGCUAGGAACUGAACGGAGCGGAGGAGGCGGAGACUUCUCAGGCUGAGCCCGGCCGCCCUCUGCGGCGAGGCCAGGCGACGUGAGGCCAGGCGAGGGGCUGCAUGGAGCGUCCGGCACGGCUCUGCGGACUGUGGGCACUGCUGCUCUGCGCAGGCGCCGCGCUCUCAGAAACUCAGCCCCCUGUGACCAAUUUGAGUGUCUCCAUCGAAAACCUCUGCACAAUAAUAUGGACAUGGAAUCCACCUGAGGGAGCCAGUCCAAACUGUAGUCUCAGAUAUUUCAGUCAUUUUGAUAACAAACAGGACAAGCAAAUUGCUCCAGAAACUCAUCGUUUAAAAGAAGUACCCCUAAAUGAGAAGAUUUGUCUGCAAGUGGGGUCCCAGUGUAGCACCAAUGAAAGUGAGAAGCCUAGCAAUUUGGUGGAAAAGUGCAUCUCACCCCCUGAAGGCGAUCCUGAGUCUGCUGUGACUGAGCUCCAGUGUGUUUGGCACAACCUGAGCUAUAUGACAUGUUCUUGGCUUCCUGGAAGGAAUACAAGUCCAGACACGAACUAUACUCUGUACUAUUGGCACAGAAGCCUGGGGAAAAUUCUUCAGUGUGAGAACAUCAAUAGGAAAGGUCAACACAUGGAUUGUUCCUUUGAUCUGGCUAAAGGAAAGGAUUCUAGUUUUGAACAACACAGUGUCCAAAUAAUGGUCAAGGAUAAUGCAGGAAAAAUUAAACCAUCCUUUACUAUAGUGCCUUUAACAUCCCGUGUGAAACCCGACCCUCCACGUAUUACAUAUCUCUUCUUCAAAGAUAGUGCCUUAUAUGUGCAGUGGGAGAAUCCACAGAAUUUUAACAGCAUAUGUUUAUCUUAUGAAGUAGAAGUCAAUAACAGCCAUACUGAGACCCAUGAUAUUUUCUGUGUUGAAGAGAACAAAUGUGAGAAUUCAGAAUUUGGGAGUAAGGUUACAAGUUGUUUCAUGGUGGUCCCUGGUGUUAUUGAUGAUACUAUUUACACAGUCAGAAUCAGAGUCAAAACAAAUAAGUUAUGCUAUGAGGAUGACAAGCUCUGGAGUAAUUGGAGUCACCCCAUGAGUAUAGGUAAGAAGCCCAACUCCACAUUCUACAUCAUCAUGUUGCUCAUCAUCCCAGUAAUUGUCGCAGGUGCAAUCAUUGUCCUUCUGCUUUACCUUAAGAGGCUGAAGAUCAUUAUAUUCCCUCCAAUUCCUGAUCCUAGCAAGAUUGUUAAAGAAAUGUUUGGAGACCAAAGUGAUGAUACCCUGCAGCACUGGAAGAAGUAUGAUAUUCAUGAGAAGCAGUCCAAAGAAGAAACUGACUCUGUAGUGCUGAUAGAAAACCUAAAGAAAGUCUCUCAGUGAUGGAGAGAAUUUAUUCUUGCCUUUCAAUGUGAUCUUGUGAAGAUUCAUCGAAUUCUCCAUUUAUUAUCCCAGAACUUGAUAAACGGAACCUAAAGCUACUGUACCCUUUAAAAACAAGCAGCUCAUAGGAGCCAAUUGAGUCAUACAUUGAAAAAGAGAAAAUAAUGGGUUCUUUGGAGAUGAGAGUGGAGUCAUACUCAUUGAAUUGUAAAAGCAGACAUCCUUUGAGAAGUCUUUAAACUGGAGGACCAAGUAAAAGCGGAGGGCAGUCAAGUUAAUCUUAGCAAGAGUUAUGAUGACUCCCUAGGGCAUGGAUGCUUGUUUGAUGUCAAAUAAGACCAGGAAAUUUUUAUGUGUGAGGGAACUAUUUCUGGGUAUAAAUGCUGUGACUCAGAUAGAACAUCUAGCAAACAAAACAGAUACAAUCUGGUAUCUACCUAUGGUUUGGGCUCCCACUGAGUCAUGUUGGUAGCUAUUAAAAUUCUUCCAAGUCCAGAAUCAUCAUGCCCUUCAGUCGCAUUUUCCUGUGCUUUGAAAAGCCCAAGAAAUCAGUGACAGCCCUACUGAUAAUGACCCCCCCACACACACAUACACAGCCAAUGCAGCUUCUCUACCAAGACCAUUCCAUACCUUUCCAGGGCAGUAGAGGUAGAAUGACUGCUUGGAUAUUAGAGUUGGAACCAAGAAGUCUCUAAGGAUGGAUUCUUUUUUUUUCUUGACCUUUGCUACUCAAAUCAAAUAUUGACUAGCUGGUACUAGGCCCCCAAUGGGUUUACCAUCUAGUUGGGACUCCCCAGUUCUUAACACUUUCUUGAUCUCCCACCAGCCAAUUCUCAAGACUUUUCAACUCCCCAGCUACUAUACUGCUUUCCAUUUUGGCCUACUCCCUCAUUCCCUGUCUCGUAGCCUAUUGACUUCCAUUAGAAAUGAAGAACAGGGAAUUGUUCGCAUCUCAAGUUGUCUGCCUAGAGUGGCAAGCAGUGACUAAGUCUUGACAUUUUUGUUAACUUCCCUAGGGCCUCUUCCAUGUGUUUGAGGCUUUUCAACUCUCCAUGUUUAUGUAUUUUCUAAAUAGGGAUAUAUAUUAUCUUCACGUAGAACUUAGCUGUUUGCUUGAGUUAAAAAUAGUUGUACCUCCUUGCCAUUCAUUGCAAGUUGGGCCCCUGGGGUUCUUCUUUUCCCUCCUACAGAUACUUAGAUUUUGUGUGCUGUGUUAAUAGCCAACUGUGAAGAACCUCCACUGUAUACUUACUCAUUUUUUUCCAUAUGUUAAGGUUCCAUUCUGCCAGUCCCCAUUAAAUAUGCAUAUAUAUGUAUAUCCUCUACUUCUUUUACUUCCUCCAAAUUUAAACUAAGAAUGGGGAGUGAGAGGUAUCCCCUUUUCUCACACACAAAGAUUCAGAGUCCUGUUUCCUGGGACAGGGGACAGAUCUGUGCCAAAAUGACCUGCUUCCAUUACAGUAAGAUAUCAUGGUGCGCUGGCAUCUCACUGGCAAUGCAAGUGCAGGCUAAUGGUAGCUGUAAAGGUAUUCCCUCCCCGUGCUUUUGUUAUUGGCAUCACAUUGAGGCUGUGACACAGGCCUAGUAUAUUCCAUUUUGUCCCACUCCUCACUAGAAAGAAUAGUUAGCUUUCUUAUGGAAGAAUGAAUUUAACUUCUUAGCCACGGUGCCCCUGGUGGCUCACACCUGUAAUCCCAGCUACUCAAGAGACUGAGAUCUGAGGAUCAUAGUUCAAAGCUAGCCCUGGCAGGAAAGACCAUGAGAUUCAUCUCCAAGGAACC